UGUGGGUCGUACGGAUCGGUGCGUCGAUUCUUCUGUGCGGAUCCAAUCGCGUAUCGGUUGGGAAGGGGAAAAUAUACAGCAUGGAAUUUAAAUUGGAAAACUGAAAAGUUUCCCCCACUCAGUGCGAAUCAGAAGGCGAUCUGCGAUCGCCAGCCGAGCGGUAAAUUAGCCAAGGGAAGGAGACCAGAGGAGGGUGACCAUGUCGGGUAGGCGGGCCCAGUCUCUGCCGGCGCACAUGUUGGAGCCAGCGAAGCCGGAACGCGGACGCUGUGUGGCCGCCAUCUGCUUCUCGUGGAAGGUGCUCACCUGCAUUGUGUCCCAUGUGCUGCUCGUGGCCCUCGUCGUUUCCUAUUGCGUGGGCGGUGCCUAUCUCUUCCAGCACCUCGAACGACCCCACGAACUGGAGGUCAAGCGUGAUAUACAGAAUCUACGCUUUAAUCUCACGGAGAAUAUCUGGCUUUUAUCGGAUGAUGCCGUGGUUCUAAGGGAAAGCGACUGGAUGGCCAAUGUCAGCAAGCAUUUGGCCAACUUUGAAAAGCAGAUCCUUACGGCCAUCAAGACGGAUGGCUGGGAUGGCGACGAGGACAUACGCAAAUCCCAGUGGACCUUUGCUGGUUCCUUGUUCUACUCCAUCAUAGUGAUAACGACCAUAGGCUAUGGCCACAUAUCGCCGCGCACAGAUUGGGGCAAGGUGACAACGAUUUUCUACGCCAUUGUGGGCAUUCCGCUGAUGCUCAUCUGCCUGUCCAAUAUUGGAGAUGUCAUGGCCACAUCAUUCCGGUUUUUAUACUGGAGAAUCUGCUGCUAUGUGUGCACCCGCACUGCCAAACGUCCUCGGAAUGCCCGAUCCCGGCAGAGAUCGAUGAGAUCCCAGCGCCACGCCCGUUCCCAACCGCCUCCCUCGUUCCGUCGGUCCAUGAAGAUGACCCAAAGAUCGGGAAAUGACUCUGGACUGGGUCCCUCCAUGGGUCAUGCCUACUCCGAUCCAGAAUUACGCACCAUGGGCAGGGGCUAUGACGACCGGGAGUUCGGCCAUCGAAGCAGUGGAGGCCGCAAUCGCCGCCAGCAGCAGCAGCAGCAUUCACACUACGAUCGAGAUCCUCGCCAGCGGCACACAAUUUACGGGGAUGAGUACGAAACCCAGACGCUGAACCGCUCCAAUCGCUAUAGCAGCCGGCAGAGGCAGCGGGAUCGGAUGAGGGACAGGCACACGGUGGAGAGGGAGCGCUAUUCUCGUUCCCACUUGGAGGCGGGUUCCAUUGAGGACUUCAGUGACAUGCAGCCUCCAGCCAAAAGAGCCGCCAGUGUGCGUUCUGUGCGAUCGCCACACAAUCAGGAAUCCUCGAAAGCUUCCAGGGAGCUGCAUCGCCUGCACUCGGCUCCCGGGAGAAGCAGAGCCAAGUCAGUGGAUCCCAGGCACGUUUCUUCACACUACGAAGAUGUGGACGAGGAUGUGGUGAGGAAGACUCCCAUUAUACCAAAUAGAUAUGCCCUGGAUGACUUUGGAGGCAGUAGACAUGCGGAUAAUAGAAGACAGCCGGCGCCAAGGAGCCAAUCCAUGCCGAGAUCCGCUCACCAGAGGCAGCGACAAAGGGAUCGGGAGAGGGAGAGAUCUCCACAACCUCCUCCCCAGAAUCAUCGCCAGAAUAAUGGCAGAAGAGCCGGCAGCCUGGGCAGGCAAUCCUCCCGCUUUGGCAACCAUCUCGAGCUGCCCGACUACGAUGCUCCGCCGCCGGGAAGAGAUCAUCGAAGGGACAGGUCACGUGGUCACUCCCAGGGACGCUACGAGGAUUAUUUCGAAGAAAGCUUCGAUGAGGGAUCUCUCUAUGGCGACAACAACUACGAGGAUUAUCCCACGGAGCGGCAUCACUCGAGGAGUCGCGAGGCCAAGAGAAAUCGACGAAGGGAACGAACUGAGCGAUUGCCUCCCUCGCCGAGAAUCAUGUCGCCCAUGGGUUUUCCAGUGCAGCGGCAGAUCCGUCGGCGACCCAGCUACGAUUACGAUGAGGAUGACUCCCAGUACGGCGAUGAGUACGGAGACUAUGGUGACCUGCUGCCCAAGGAUCGUCCGGUGCCCAUUUGGUUGUGCGUAUUUUUAGUGGUCAGCUAUAUCCUGGGUGGAGCAGUGCUGUUCGCCUACUGGGAGAACUGGUCCUUCCUGGACUCUGCCUACUUUUGCUUCAUCACGCUGACCACAAUUGGAUUUGGUGACUUUGUUCCUGCCAAAGGAGUUAAGGAUGAAUCGGAGCAGUCUAUUGCCUAUUGUUCGCUAUAUCUCCUCUUCGGCAUUGCCUUGUUGGCCAUGAGCUUUAACCUCGUCCAGGAGGAGUUUAUUGCGAAUGUGAAGGAGGUGGCUCGUCGACUGGGUAUUCUUAAAGAUGAUGACGACGAGCAUGAUGAAGAUUAA